GCUGAUUGGUGGCUCGGUGGGGCACUCCUCAGCAAGAUGGCUGCAUUGCUGCGCGCAAUAGUGGCAUCCUGGUGAAAUGACGCAAGCCACAGUUUACGUUCAGUCCUCGCGGCUCCGAGCCUGAGCUCUCCAGUCUCCAUAGCGCAGAUCCCGCCCGACACAGCCGGAAGACCGCCCGACUCUCCUCCUCCACCGGACCGAGUGGAACCGGUUCAUUUGAGUGAGAGUGCGAUGAGGAGAAGUUUCAGAGUGUGAGGCCAUGGGCUGCACCUCGGCCAAGCAGGUGUCGGCCGUGCCCAGCGAUGAGGAGGGACGCGGCAAGGCCUACAGCAAUGGCGACGUCUUCACCGACGAAUACAAGAAGGGAGUGGAGGAGGUGAAGUACAUGAGAGGGGAUGAAAACCGAGUGAAUGCACGCAACCAGGAGAACCUGGAGAAGAGUAAUGUCCAGCACAAGGGCAAACAGCAGAAAGAGGUUCCUGCACCAAACAUCAAAUCCAACAUUCACACGUCAGAAAGCCAGCAGGAAUUUUUCAGGAUGCUGGAUGAGAAGAUUGAGAAGGGGAGAGACUACUGUUCGGAGGAGGAGGAGGAAGAUGGGACAUAGCACAGAGGCCCCAAGGAGUCACCCCCACAGGGAGCCUCACCGUGUGUGUGUGUGUGUGUGCGUGUGCCUGAGAGAGCACUAAAUCAGUGUUUAACCAAUGGGGUGUUGACAGGACACUUUAUGUUGGUAUGAUUUUGUGAGUUGUUGAACAUGUGGCAAAGAUAAUACUUUAAAUACAAGUGAAAGAGUGGGGGAUGCUUGAGACAGAGAGAGAGAAUGGCAUAAAGAAAACUUUCUUCAGAGACUAUACAGCCCUCCUUACUUAGCGCCUCACCCCUUCAGGCCCCGGGUGGACAGAUGGAGGUGGCGAGGGAUGAAGUGACAGGCAGAUGAAAGGAGGGAGGGAUGGAGGAUGAUGCGGUGACGGAUGUGAAAACAUCGCGUGAACUCGGUGAAGGACUCGCCUCUGUUGGGUCGGGCACGGCCGUUUCCUCGAGCUGGGUAAAGGCGGCUUCGCAGGCCUCCAUCUGUCCUCCUGUCUGUCUGUCUAUAUUUAACCCCUGCAAUUGGACAAAAGAACUUCCCAAAUACGGAGGCCCAGGAAGGAGGAAUAUCUUGGUGGGUGUGUCAAGAUGCACGAGUGGAGAAGAAAAAGCGCAGGGAAGGAGUUAUCGAACACUACCAGGAUCCACACUGAACUCUUUGGCCUGCCUGGCUACAGUCUGGCCGGCCUGGGCCGCAGCAGCCUGAGAGAACGGGUGAAGGAGGAAGAGGGAAGGCGGAGAAAGGGGGGAAUAUUUUGGGGAUAUUUUAAUAAGAGAGAAUAUGGAGCGAGCUGGUGAUUUGAAACUCAACUCCUCCUGCCUUGAAGUCAAGGACCCUGUUUUUGUUUUUAAUUUUUUUUUUAUUCUGUUCCAGCCAAUCAUUCACUCAAGCCCUUCCCUUCCAUGAUGUUCUUUUCUUCAGUUUGUUUUACUCUUGGCUUCCAUCGUAGUGUAUCCUCAUCAAAGCCAUUAUCGCCUUCACCGCCACAGCAAUCAGAGUGAAGCUGCAUAAUUCACCGCAUCUGUGUCUCAACCCAAUCCGUCCUCCGCCUUUUACCAGAACCUGGCAGAGCCGUGCUAACGAGCACGUGCAGUCUAUUCUUGUAUAUAUGGUAGCACACACUCAUUCCAGCACACUUUCGGCGUAUCGAUAUGAGUCACUCAAACACAUUAAUGUGUCCUCCUCAUUUCACCAGCAGACUGUCAUGUGCAUCAGUCAGAGGUGUUCCAUGUAGCUCCAUAUUUCUGCUUUGGCUCAGUGUUCACACACACACACACACACACACACUGGCACUGAAGCAGCAAACUGGGCUGAGCUUGAGGGGAGGAUGCAUGGUUGCCGUGGAGACACAGACCUAAUCACUUUUUUUUCUCUUUCUUUGAUUUGUUUUGUUUUGUUGCUGUUGUCAUCUUUACUGGAUACUUACUGUUGUAUUAUUUUAAAUACUUUUUUUCUAUUAAAAAUAGAAAGCGCAGAAGCUCUGA